AUGGCUACCAACGCAGAUGCCACUGAGGCGCCUCACAACUUGUUUGAUACUAUCCUCACCUUGGAUUUUGGCAGUCAAUAUACUCACUUGAUCUCGAGACGCCUCCGCGAGCUCAAUGUCUACUCUGAGAUGCUCCCAUGCACCCAAAAGCUUUCCGAACUUACCUGGAAGCCUAAGGGUAUUAUUCUCUCUGGGGGACCAUACUCAGUCUACGAUAAAGAUGCCCCCCACGUCGACCCUGCGAUAUUUGAGCUUGGAGUCCCGAUUCUUGGUAUAUGUUAUGGUUUGCAAGAGAUUGCAUGGCACCACGGAAAGAAUGUAGUCGCAUCGACCGAGCGUGAGUUUGGCCAUGCAGAUAUUCAGGCAAAGAGAGAGAGCGGACAUGUCGAUAAGCUGUUCAUUGAUCUGGAGGAUGAUGUCAAAGUCUGGAUGUCGCACGGCGACAAGCUUGGAGCCCUCCCACCUCAAUUCCACAUCAUUGCGACCUCGCAAAACUCACCAUACGCCGGAAUAGCACAUCAAACGAAGCCCAUCUAUGGCAUCCAAUUCCAUCCCGAGGUUACACAUACACCACGAGGAGUUAAAUUGUUGGAGAACUUCGCGGUUGGGAUCUGUGGUGCCAAGCAGAGCUGGACAAUGGCUACCUUCGUUGACAAAGAGAUUGCUAGAAUCAGAGCUUUGGUUGGGGAGAAGGGACAAGUUAUCGGAGCAGUCAGCGGGGGGGUCGAUUCCACCGUGUGCGCUAAGCUCAUGCAGAAGGCCAUCGGAGACCGCUUCCACGCUGUCUUAGUUGAUAAUGGCUGCAUGCGACUGAACGAAUGCGCGGACGUCGUCAAGACUCUCAAGGAGCACCUGGAAAUCAAUCUCACACUGGUCGAUGCCUCGAACGAAUUCCUCGACGGUCUCAAGGGAAUCCACGACGAUCCAGAGAAGAAGCGAAAGUUUAUUGGUGGAAAGUUCAUUGACAUCUUCGAGGCCGAGGCUAUCAAGAUAGAAGAGGCUGCCAAGAACUCCCCAAAAGCAGGACCCAUCAAAUUUUUCCUGCAAGGAACUCUCUACCCCGAUGUGAUCGAAUCCAUCUCCUUCAAAGGACCUUCUCAAACCAUCAAGACUCACCACAAUGUCGGUGGUCUCCCAGAACGCAUGAUGAAUGGCCAAGGACUCACCCUCAUCGAGCCUCUCCGCGAACUUUUCAAAGACGAAGUCCGCCAACUGGGACGUGAGCUUGGAAUUCCUCACGAUCUUGUCAUGCGUCACCCGUUUCCCGGCCCUGGAAUCGCUAUCCGUGUCUUGGGCGAGGUCACCCGCGAUCAAGUGGCAAUCGCUCAAAAAGCUGAUCACAUCUUCAUCUCGGAGAUAAAGAAAGCAGGUCUCUACGAUCAAAUCUCUCAAGCCUACGCAGCUCUGUUGCCUGUCCGAGCCGUUGGAGUCAUGGGAGACAAGCGAGUGCACCAGCAAGUCAUCGCUCUGCGCGCCGUCUGCACCACCGAUUUCAUGACUGCGAACAUCUUCCGCUUCGACUGGGACUUCCUCGAGCGCGUCUCGAGCCGCAUUACCAAUGAGGUCGAUGGCGUAUGCCGUGUCUUUUACGAUACAACCAGCAAGCCUCCAGGAACUAUCGAGAUGGAAUAA